AUGUCUCUGGCGCCGAGCUCCCCUCGUCUGCCCAGCCCCCCGCCGCCAGCAGAAAUCCAGAUAGGGCCAAACUCCCCCUCGGGAGGUCCAGCGGCGACUCUGGCGACCACCGAGAUGGAACAGUCGCAUCUGGAUGCCAGCUCCUCUCGGCGGAUACACCCCGGGACAAAGGCUGCAGAUAUGGCGGCUGGCCCUCCAUUGGUGCCACUGAGCGAGCUAGAUUCACCAUUCCAACUUCAAGAGCACCUCGCUGCUUUACACUAUCACAGCACCGCCUCCGGCACGCAGCCACUAACUCGCGCCUCAGCCCUUCAGCUCGCUCAGCCUCCCCCGGGCAUCGAUCGCACUCUCUGGCUCUACGAGCUUUGCCGCUUCCUCAUCUCGCAGUGCAACUCUCUCAUCGUUGGCUUCCUCUUCGACACGCCACCAUGCAGCGCCAGCACAUGUCCCGAGAUGCGCGCGUCGGAAUGGCAGUUUCUAUGCGCCGUGCACGAGCAACCUAAGAGCUGCUGUGCCAUUGACUACUGCUGCCAUACCCUCGACUGGGCCGCCAACGUGGUCUCGGACCAAAAGAUCUUCCCCAGCCGCUUCGUCGUGGUCAACGAUAUUCAUAGCAAGAAUGUUGGCGUCAAGAGCUUGGUCAACGUCUUCCGUCGGCUGCACCGCAUCUUUGCGCACGCCUGGUUCCAACAUCGCAGCGUCUUCUGGGCCGUCGAAGGGCAGACCGGGCUCUAUGUCUUCUUCAAGACCGUGUGCGACCUGUAUGACCUGCUACCAGCUGAGAAUUACAAACUGCCCCCCGAGGCGGAAGGCCUCGAGGCGCCACCAGAGUUCGAUGUCAUGGCCAACAGAGCUCCUCCGCCUCAGAUCCUAAAGCCCCAGGCUUCCCAACCCAGCGGAGGCGAGCUCGAGGACGAUGGUUCGCACGGGUCAGUCAACCGCACAAACACUCGCAGGCACAUCAGGAGCAGCCCAUCCACCGGGAGCUCUGUAACAACCGUCAUGGAGGCGGAGGAAGAAGAUGCCGAUGGAGUUUCUCGCAGACUGAGAAACAUGCACUUGGCAGCCCCCGACGUCUUGGAAGAGGAACCUGAAGUCACCGAAGUCCCCGUCAUCGUCGAGCAAUCAGACGAAGCAGGCACCGUAUCUGACUUGUCAGAUGUUAGCCAACAAACAGGGGUAUCGGAAAGCAUUGUGGAGAUUACAGAUGAUGACGUUACUAGCGUUAUUGACACUUCUGAUGCACAUAAUACCACUGAGCAGGAGGAAGAGACGACAGCCGCAGCAGCAGACGCUGAGCACGCCGCUGAACCCUCAGGAGAGGAAACAGCAGCACAAGAUCAACAGCCCACUGCAGCAGAGACAGCGCCUGCAGCGGACGUGGAAAAAGAAGGGGCACAAGGUGAUGAAAAGUAG